AUGGGCAACAAGAUGAGAUCAAGCACAGCAACAGCGGUUUCCUCUGCGAUAUUCGCUUUGAUGUGUGUUGUUAGUCAUGGUAAGAAUUUAAUUGAAUUGUGUUGAGGUUUUUUUUAUGGGGUGUUUUUAGGCAGUGAUGUUAGAGUUGCAAUGCUUCAAUGCUUCGAAAGCAAUCGACUAGUUUCGUGCAAGUUCUCGAUGCGCAGAUACAUUUUUUGAACAAGCGACGUGAAGCACAGCACAUUAUUACUAAAUUAUUUAAAAUCUAACAGUUUUAAUAAGAAUUACCUAUCCACUAUCCUGUUUCAGUUUUUUUUUUUAUUUGAAAAGCACUGCAAAGAUUUGUAACUAGUCGACACGCAAAUUCGAAAUCAAUGCUUCAACACCUUAAUUAUUCUGGCUUUAUGUAGAUACGGUUGAUUAAGGUAUCUAACAUAUUUUUUUCCCAUCUCAGUCGUAUUUUGGUGAUAACACCGUCAUUUCUGCGGCCGAAGUAAGCAUCCAGUUUAUGCCAGUUUUUACACCUUCGGUAUUAAAAGUGAUGAAUAUUUAAGAAAAAAGCUAACCCUGCUUCAUUUAAAUGCAAGAGAAAAACGAAACUUUAUCGAGCAACAAUAGCUAGUCUUAGAACGUUUUUGGUAGGUUUAUACUAAAAAACGUUAAUUUACUAUUUGGAAUUGGGUGAUCCAUCAGUAGUGGAAGCACAACGAUACUGAAAUAGAUCUUAUUAUUCGAGAGUUUUCUACACUCAUCGUCAGGUUUUCAGCUUAGUCUGAGGUCCAUCAGUAAAUAAAAAUAAAGAUUGUUUUACGCAUUACUUACAUUUUUGAAACGAUACAUGUAUAUCAAAUGUUAAAUGGGAAAAAACAAGUCGUUCAUAAUCGAAUGAGUUGUCAAAUGACAGGCAACCGCUAUGUUGAUAUUAGAUGUCUAAAGAUGACACACAACAAGUCUUUCAAAUAAAUUAAACCCAUCUUGACCGUGUUAGACAAAAGGAGCAAAAAUGUUUCUACUUUCGUGGACCCUAUAGUAGAAUACUACCUUCCGACCGCACAAACAGUGAAUUUGUUCAAUAGUGCAAAAGAUUUUGUUUCCUAGAGGCGGUAUUUGCGUUGUUAUAUACCUGAUAUACUUAAGUGUUGUACUCUCGGUCGGCCGCCCAGAGUUAUAAAGAACAACAUGGUUUCAAUUUUUCCGUCCAUUGAAUCUCAAUGAUAAAGUUUGCAAAGUUCUGCCUAUUUUUUCGCAGUGUAAGAUUUUAUGUAAAGUUUGGCUAGUUUAUAUUGAGUACAUAUUUGAAAAUCAGCAACUCUGAAAGACCGUAUCAUGCUCAGUCUAUGUUCAAGCGUAAAUCGUUUAUUGUCCAAUUUUGUAGUUGUUUUUAAUUUCUUUUUUUAGUUGCAAACUUUAUUGUAACUCGAGUUUGCUUUGAACACUGCAUCCAUUAGUAUGUAUUGGUGAAAGCAAAGGAACGACACCCCUCCCUUGAGCAUCUUUCGAUGUCUUAUCAAACAGGAUGCAUGCAUGACUUUGAGAUAACAAUCGACCGGGAAAAUUAAUUUGACAACUUAGGCGGAAUUAAUAACAUAAUAAACAUUAGUCGUAUCAUUUGACUAUUGACCAUUGAGCUGCAGAUCUUCCCAUAUCAAGGGACGUUUCUAGUCAAGAAUAUCGCCACUGAAUCCGUUGAACGUUGUUAACCCGGCGGUAUGUUCUUCUGUUUUGCACUCUAGAAAACAAGUCCUAGGAUGACUCAAUCCCACGCAAGCACAAACAGCCACAAUACAAGUGAAUUUUCUUUGUCUAUAAUGCUCUUCAAUGCAUCGUGUGAUGGCCUCGAGACAUCUGGCUGUAUCGUAAUUUCAUAGUGACUAAAAUGUUGAAGAAUUGUUGUGUGUUUGCGUGCAUAUAUACUAUAGUCAUCUUUAACAUGUGUAAAUUAAGCCGGCUUAGACUGACCGCAUGAGAGAGUGAUUCACUGGCAAAUAAAAUUGCACCAUUACUCUAGAAUCUGUAGAAAAAACUAGAAAUUCCAGUACCAAAUGAGGCGUAGCUGCGCGGGCAGUGAAAAAUGUGGAAGUCAUUCUAGAAACAACAAGUCCCUUUUCUUGCCGGUAAAUCACUAACUAGAAGCCUCUAAGCCUUUAUUAUUCAAACGGAAUUCUUUGAAAGGUUAAAGCAUGGAGCUAGUUGAAUUCUUAAAUGAAAAUAGCGUUCAUAUCCAAGUUCAUCUUGUUCACACGUCCUCCAUAAAAACGUUGUAUCUAAAGUUUAAUGUCGUAGUCGUAAAGUAGUCGUCAAAGAAAUGUUUCAAAAGUGUAAAAAACUUGCUUUGCUUUUUUUUAACUCAUAAAUCCAAUUGGAGUUUUGACUUUCUGGUUGCCGUCGUCGUACGGUCGUGGUCUACUUGCACUCAAGAGGCCUGUUUUGUUUAGUGUCGGUUCAUUCUCUAAAAAAAUGUAAAAAUGUAGGGGUGGUGGUAGGGACUUGUCAAAAGUUUUAUGUCUAUGGGAGGCCUGGGCCAAGACUGCAGCGAUCUGUGAGACUGAACCCUCGUUAUCAAGACCAAAAUUAAACAUGAAAAUAUUGAGUGACUUUUCGAAGCAGAAAAACAAUAUAUUAAUAAUGGACGGAUCAUUACAGUGUUUGGAGUCUGUUGGAGUCCAUUAAAAAAAGGCUGGAAUAAGUUUUUACAGUUGUACAGUAGCGUUUCUUCCUCUUAUCAUAUGCAUGUCAAUGAUUUUUUGUUUAUAAGUUAGAUAUUUUUAAAAAGCUGGCUGUAAUUUUAGUAUUGACGGCGAAAUUUUUUUCGAUUGAAGUGAAAGAAAGAAGUUUCUGAAUAGUUGCACCAAUGACACUGUAAGUUGAGUGGUAUAAAUGGUCACGAGUUGCACACGUGCUGAUCCUGUGCAGUUAUAGACUGUCAGUCUAUAACUGGCUUUAAUAAUAAUGAUGUCAAACACUUGAUAAGGCACCGAUCGAGUCGUCUCGUUUCGUAAGCUGUACCAAAAUUAUUAACCAAAACAGAGAACCUGUUGCGACAUGAUUUUAAAACAACGUAUCAUUACGUGGCGAAGUUUGCUCAAUUUUGUUCGCGCCAUUUUUGAGUCCGCGACACUUCACACUAAAUAACUAACUGAUCCAAAGGGAAAUAGCAGUUUUUAUCUUCUGUCUCCCUAGAAUUGCUGGUAGUAUUUCCCGAGGCGGGCUGUGUUUUAACAAAGGAGAAACGUGAUUUUACCGAUAAGAAUGUCAGUGUGUAUGUCAGUAUUUUCCUAGCAUGCAAGCUGUCUGCGGGGCUAUGGGGGCUAAGUACGGAAGACUGAAAAUGGACCAAGAGCUCCCAAAGGAGCUUGCUCUUAGGCUACCUGCUCCUUCGAUCAAAUAGCCUUCGUCGUGGACGAAAUCUAAUCCCAGCUAGCAACGUCUGCAAAUCAGCGCCGAGAUCCUUAUUCUGGUCCCCCAAUGGACUCAACGAAUUACCGGAAAUGCGUUUUGAAUUUCCCUUCAACCUGAUUGGCAAAUCGACGAUGGAUUUUCUAACGGGCCAAUCACGGUACGUACUCAAAUCCUGGUACACAAGUAAGGGCUCAGAACAAGGAUUUUGGCGCUGUUUCGCAGCCGAAAUAAGGUAGAAGUUUAGAUCCGUCUGUGGCGCAGGCUAUAGGAUAAAAAAAACUCUUUUGUGUGUUUUGUUUCAGUGUUAGGUUCCGAACUUUACUGCUUUUCCUGCUUUGGCUUUAACAAAGAUGACUCGAGUAAAUGCCUCAGUCGAGAGCCCGGUAACUUGCAUGUGCGGAAAUGCACAACUAAUUCAUCUGACUUGCCGGCUUGUAUAAAGUACACAGCUCAUUAUAAACUACCGCAGAUGAUGGGCGAUAACCUGGUGUCACCAUUUGUCGAAGUACAUGGCGUGCACUGCGGAACUUCACGACAAUGCUAUUUAAACGAGUGCCCAAAUUUCUGGCCAGAUGAUGUAACAGCCAAGGAGUGCCAAGUGGAUUGUUGUGAUCCACGAAAGGAAGCUUGUGCUGAGAACUUUCCUGUGCCCAACGAUGAUGACAUUAAGAAGUAUAACGAACGCAAUGGGGGCAGUGGUGGGGAUGUAGGGUCUGGGUCUGAAGGAGGGACUGGACCAGGAUCUGUAAACGAAAGCAGUGACGCGACUAAGCUCAGUAGUUGGUCUGUAUGGCUCCCAAUAAUUUGUUUUGCAAUUUAUAAAUGGCUUAAGCUGCAGCACCUAUGA